GGCUGUCCCAGACGAAGUCGGCCUCGGCUGACGUCAGGACGCCUCGCGGGUUCUAGCCCCCCGCCCCGGCCCCCGAGUCCCGCGCGGGCCGGGCGGGGGCGGGGCGUCGGCCAGCUGAGCUAUCCCGUCCGACCGCGCCAGUUUGAAUGAAAGCUCCUCAAGAUGGCGGCGGCCGGGGCCGAGGCGCGAGGAGCUUGGUGUGUGCCUUGCCUAGUUUCACUUGAUACUCUUCAGGAAUUAUGUAGAAAAGAAAAGCUCACAUGUAAAUCGAUUGGAAUCACCAAAAGGAAUCUAAACAAUUAUGAGGUGGAAUACUUGUGUGACUACAAGGUAGUAAAGGAUAUGGAAUAUUAUCUUGUAAAAUGGAAAGGAUGGCCAGAUUCUACAAAUACUUGGGAACCUUUGCAAAAUCUCAAGUGCCCAUUACUACUUCAACAAUUCUGUAAUGACAAGCAUAAUUAUUUAUCUCAGGUAAAGAAAGGCAAAGCAAUAACUCUAAAGGAAAAUCACAGAGCUUUGAAACCUGCCAUUGCUGAGUACAUUGUAAAGAAGGCUAAACAAAGGAUAGCUCUGCAGAGGUGGCAGGACGAACUCAACAGAAGGAAGAAUCACAAAGGAAUGAUUUUUGUUGAAAAUACUGUGGACUUAGAGGGCCCACCUUCAGACUUCUACUACAUUAAUGAAUACAAACCAGCUCCGGGAAUCAGCUUAGUCAAUGAAGCCACCUUUGGUUGUUCAUGCACAGAUUGCUUCCAUGAGAAAUGUUGUCCUGCUGAAGCUGGAGUUCUUUUGGCAUAUAAUAAAAACCAACAAAUUAAAAUUCCACCAGGUACCCCCAUAUAUGAAUGCAACUCGAGGUGUCAGUGUGGACCUGAUUGUCCCAAUAGGAUUGUACAAAAAGGCACACAGUAUUCACUGUGCAUCUUUCGAACUAGCAAUGGCUGUGGCUGGGGUGUGAAAACCCUCGUGAAGAUUAAAAGAAUGAGUUUCGUUAUGGAAUAUGUUGGAGAGGUAAUCACAAGUGAAGAAGCUGAAAGACGGGGGCAGUUAUAUGACAACAAAGGAAUCACAUACCUCUUUGAUCUGGAUUAUGAGUCUGAUGAAUUCACAGUGGAUGCAGCUCGAUAUGGAAAUGUGUCUCAUUUUGUCAAUCACAGUUGUGACCCAAAUCUUCAGGUGUUCAAUGUUUUCAUUGAUAACCUCGAUACCCGUCUUCCCCGAAUAGCAUUAUUUUCCACAAGAACCAUAAAUGCUGGAGAAGAGCUCACUUUUGAUUAUCAAAUGAAAGGUUCUGGAGAUAUAUCUUCAGAUUCUAUUGACCACAGCCCAGCCAAAAAGAGGGCCAGAACUGUGUGCAAAUGUGGAGCUGUGACUUGCAGAGGUUACCUCAACUGAAUUUUCAGGAAAUAGAGCUGAAGAUGAUUGUAGUUUUUUUCCUAAUGUUAACAUUUUAAAAAAUAAGUAUUUGGGACUUUUUUCAUAUUAUCAAGAUUAUACACUAUGUUAAUUUACAAUUCAUGUUUCACACGAUUGGCCAAAUGCAUUACUGAUGUUUCUGAAGAGAGGAAUACAAGGUCACAUAGACUAAUUUGAAAUAUACAUAUUCAGUGGUUAGAUACCAAAUAUGAAAGGAUUAUAGAUUAGCAUAUAUACACUUAAAAGGUCUGUGUGAAUAGCAAAUGCCUCCUUCAAUGUUUAAGUGUUAAACUGAUAAUGUAAGUGUCACUAAGGUGAAACAUUGAACUUGCCAUACAUCUUGAAUUUAGAGAAAUAGAGUUAAUUCAUUUUGGGCAAAUAUACAAGCUCUAUUUUUGUUAUUAUGUUGUCAUUCCUGUUUAUCUACUUACUACUCAUUGUUCUUGUAUUUGAGACAAAUAAGUUAUACUGAAUUAUACUCUAUUUUCUACUUUCAUUAAAACAUUGGGAUCUUAAUAUACAGAAAUUUAAGUUCUAUAAUUAAAUGUAAAAAAAUUUUAA